UCCACCGGUCCAUUUUAUCCUCUUUCUCUCUCUAAAAAUUCACUCAUUCGCACACACUCCUAUCCCUUUCUCUCUCUAAAAAAAUUAGGGUUUUUUUUUCUUUUUCUUUCCGACCUCCGUUAAUGGCUAACAUUUCCAAACCCUAAUUAACCCCCCUUUCCGUACAAAUUGCACAUAUUCAAUUCAUAUAUAACAUUAUUUACACAUAUCAAUUUCAUAUGUAUAUGUGGUGUAUUUAUUGUCGGCGUUUGAUUUGAUCCGACCCGACCCGAAUAGUUAUCGUUGAAUGGAGUCGAAUAAGGAUGAGGGAGCUGCGGCUAAGACGUCGGCUCCGGGGCCGGCGCCGAUGGGGAGUGGGAAUGCGCCGCCGCCGUUUUUAGUGAAGACGUAUGAUAUGGUGGAUGAUGAGAGUAGUGAUAAGAUAGUGUCGUGGAGUUCGACGAAUAAUAGCUUUGUGGUUUGGGAUCCACCGGAGUUUGCUAGGGACUUACUUCCCAAGUAUUUUAAGCAUAAUAACUUCUCCAGCUUUGUCAGGCAGUUGAAUACUUAUGGUUUUAGAAAGGUUGAUCCAGACCGCUGGGAAUUUGCUAACGAGGGAUUCUUAAGAGGUCAGAAGCACCUGCUUAAAAGUAUAAGUCGACGUAAACCUGCUCAUGGACAUACUCAACAGCAGCAGCAGCAGCCACCUGGACAGAGUGCGUCUGUUGGGGCUUGUGUCGAGGUUGGAAAAUUUGGGCUUGAAGAGGAGGUUGAGAGGCUGAAAAGGGACAAGAACGUGCUUAUGCAAGAGCUGGUUAGGCUCAGACAACAACAGCAAACCACCGACAAUCAGUUGCAAGGGAUGGUGCAGCGCCUUCAGGGUAUGGAGCAGCGACAACAACAAAUGAUGUCUUUCCUGGCAAAAGCUGUUAACAGCCCUGGAUUCUUGGCACAGUUUGUACAGCAGCAAAAUGAGAGUAAUAGGCGCGUAGCUGAAGGCAGCAAGAAAAGGAGGAUAAAACAAGACACUGAAUCACAGGAUCACUCCGUUACCCCUGCGGAUGGACAGAUUGUGAAGUACCAACCUGUGAUGAAUGAGGCAGCAAAGGCAAUGCUCAGGGAGCUUUCAAAACUAGAUUCUUCUCCUAGAUUAGAGAACUUCAGCAACAGUCCUGAAAGUUUCCUGAUUGGUGACGGUUCACCACAAUCUAAUGAAUCUUCCGCUCAUCUUUCAGGAGUCACUCUUCAGGAAGUCGCACCAACUUCUGGCCAGCCCUUGCUGAAUACAGCUUCAGCAAUUACUGGUCAAAGUUUGUCACCUGCCAUUUCUGAGAUCCAGUCAUCUUGUCUUGGCGCAUCUUCUGAAAUCGCCAAUAAUCAAUUCCCAGACUUAAGCUCGUUGGUAGGAGCUCAAGAUUUGCCUCCUGGUUCACUUUCUGCAUCAGAUAUAAUUAUGCCCGAGCUGUCACAGUUGCAGGAAAUUUUGCCCGAAAACAAUAUAGAUAUUAUUGGAUCUGAGAUGGAGCAUGAUUCUUUCAUGGAUGCCUCAGUUGGAGUGAAUGGAAAAAUGCCACUAGACAUUGAUAGUUUCUCUCCUGAUCCUCAUAUCGAGUGGCAGACUGGUUUGCUGGACGAUAUACAAGAGCUUCCUAGUGUCGGUGACCCCUUUUGGGAGAAGUUCCUACAAAGCCCUUCCCCUGGAGAGACAGACGAGAUGGACCCCGCUGCGAUGGAUGAUAUUUCCAAGACAAGUGAAACCAAGCCACAAGAAAACGGAUGGGACAAAACUCAGAACAUGGAACAGCUUACUGAACAAAUGGGGUUACUAACAUCAAACAAAAAGGUAUGAUCUGAUCGCCAAAUGAAAUGUAUACGAGGUAUAUUUGUUAAUUAUGGUAGUUUCUUGACUCUAGUGGGGGUUACAUUUGGGGACCUUUUAGCUUCUAGUUUCCCCAUAGUUAUGUCUGGUUCAACUUCUCCUCUCUUGUUCCUGAAUGAAACUGAAUGUAUCUACCGUUUU